AUGCUUUUAGAUCCACCAAAAGCUGUUAUCAAUCUUGCUAAUUGGGUUUCUAAUCCUGAUACGACAAUUUAUAUUGAAAUGAUUACUGUAUUUGUUACAUUAAACAGACAAGAAUUAAUUCAGGAUUUAGACUUUUUUCAAAUAAGAAAUAUACCAAUUGCACCAUUUGUCUUUUCUCGAAUUGAAUGUAUGCAAGAAAUAUUAUUAAAUGGAAUAACCAACCCACAAUUUACAGAUGAAAUGGCUGCUUAUAUAAGUCAAAAUCACCUGAAUAUCAACUAUUUUAAGGAAAUUUUUGAACAGGCUUUUAACUUGGCAUAUACUAAAUUUACAAAACAUGUUAGACAACAAGAUGCACUACUACUUUUUAAAAGUAUUCAAUGCUUCAAUCCUCAAUUUAUUCGUCAAUCUACUUUAAGACACAAUUUGUCAGAUUAUUCAAAUAUUCUUGAAUUUCAACAUCCAUCAAAUAGAUUAAUCGAUGAAUGGAAAGUUUAUUGUGAAAUGGAUGAAAAUUUUGAUAUUAAUAAUGAAUUUAAUUUGAUUUUAGAAAAUUAUUGA